GCCAAGGGUCAUUAGAAGACCGCUGUCAGCAACAGUUCAUCUGAUAAUCUGGCUCGCUAUCUCCAUAUUCCCAGCAUUUUACUGCCCAAUCGCUAGAUGAAUUAACCUGAAUCAAGCUAAUCUGGUAGCAGUCAGCCUGCCUUGCCAGAUUUGCUGGAGUUCGCUGGAGAAUCUUGCCUGAGCUGACCCAAAGUGCAGCUUGUCUUUUGGCGCAGCCUUGAGACUGAUCUUCUGUCAGUCCAGCAUCAAUCCACUUUCCUGUUGUUGCAGUAAUCAGUUCCACAUUUCAGAACAGCAUGGCGACAGCGGCCGCUGCACAGGCAUCCGCCACAGACUCGGGGCAAGAGAAAGCCGCGGGUCCCCUCAAAGUCCCGUUGACUUCGCCUGCGCCCGGGAGCCGCCCCAAGGAGCGGGCAGCCCUGACGGCCGAGCAGCAGCAAAAGUACGACUGGCUGCUCGCGCAGGCCAAGGCGUGGACCGAGGUGCCCUCAACAAAGGGGGGGAAAGCUGGCCCGCUCAGCGACAACGAGAAGUUCUGGCUGACGCGGGAGUGUCUCUUACGCUACCUGCGCGCGACGAAAUGGCACGAGAGGGAGGCCGAGAAGCGGCUGCUCGAGACGCUCACCUGGCGGAGGGAGUACGGCGUCGAGGAGCUGACGGCUGAGCACAUCUCGCCCGAGAACGAGACGGGGAAGCAGAUCAUCCUCGGCUACGACAAGGAAGCGCGCGUGUGCCACUACCUCAACCCGGGCCGCCAGAACACGGACCCGUCGCCGCGCCAGGUGCAGCACCUCGUCUUCAUGGUCGAGCGCGUCAUCGACAUCAUGCCGCCCGGCCAGGAGACGCUGGCGCUGCUGAUCAACUUCAAGCAGAGCAAGUCGCGCUCCAACACGGCGCCCGGCAUCGGCCUGGCCCGCGAGGUGCUGCACAUCCUGCAGCACCACUACCCGGAGCGGCUCGGCAAGGCGCUGAUCAUCAACAUGCCCUGGAUCGUCACCGGCUUCUUCAAGCUGAUCACGCCCUUCAUCGACCCCAUGACGCGCGAGAAGCUCAAGUUCAACGAGGACAUGGCCCAGUACGUGCCGCCGGAGCAGAUGUGGAACGAGUUCAGCAGCGGCAACCUCGAGUUCGAGUACGACCACUCCGUGUACUGGCCGGCGCUGCAGAAGCUCUGCGGCGAGCGCCGCGAGGCUCGGUGGGAGCGCUGGCUUGCGGGCGGGAAGCAGCUCGGAGAGUCGGAGGACUAUCUCGCCGGCGCCACCGAGACUGGUGUUGCAGGGCCGCAGCCGACCGGGGAGCCCACGGUAGACAAGGCUGACUCGAGCGAGCCAGAGGCGGUCGCGAUCGAAGAGAAGAUGGCCGAGCUCAAGGUUGAGCAGGCGCCAGAUGCUGCAAACAGCACGGCGGUUAACUGAGGCCCGAGCCCCGAGCCCGCGCACACAGCAGGGGCUCUGAGUAACAUUCCUUCUCUUGCCAAAUUUUGAAGCGCUGUUUGGCAUAUACACCAUAUACCAAGCAUAUAUAGAGGGUCGGAUAGUCCCACCAUAGAUGCCUAGCCCGUAAUACCAUCUCAGUACCCCAGACUCUCAUGUCUUCCCACGGCUGGAG